CAGACGCCGCCGCUGUUCCCCUCCCGGCGCGGCUGCGCGUGCGCAGACACACACACUACACAAAACACACAACCCCCGGUAAAGCGGCCACUACAGCACCCGGCACCGCACUGCGAUGCCGCGCUACGAGCUGGCGCUGAUCCUGAGAGCCACGCAGCGGCCAGAGACGGCCGCUAUACUGAAGCGCACGAUCUGUGCCCUGAUGGAGCGGGGAGCGAUCGUGAGGAACUUGGAAAACCUGGGGGAAAGGAACCUUCCGUACAAGAUCUCCGUCCAUAGUCAGCGUCAUGUCCGAGGCGGAUAUUUCUUGGUGGAUUUUUACGCCCCAACCACCACGGUGGAGAGCAUAAUGGAGCACCUGUCGCGCGACGUCGACGUGAUCAGGCCAAGUGUCUUGAAGCACCCCCAGGCCCAGCCGGUCAAAGAGUGUGAGGGCAUGGUUCCCGUCCCGUUGGAAGACAAAUUGUAUAACAGGAGGAAGUGAGUCCAGGGUAGGAGGGGCGGCCGUUGGGGACAGCAGGACUGGUCACCCUGUGGGCUUCCGGGCCUUUGCUGAAAGUCUCGGGAUCGAAGCUCAUCCGCCAUCCCCACCCUUCCUCCCACCCCACCCCGGCCUGGCACCCGACACUGCUCCUUCUGUGUGUCCCCUGGUGUUUUUUGGGGUGCAGUUAUAAGAGUUAUAAGAGGUCACACCCCAGGCAGGAGCCGUUUGUCAACACCCCUCGUGCAGCAGGGGGCCAGAGAUGGAACCGUGUGUUUGCACUUGGCGGGCCCUGGAAUAAAGUCGAUUGAAACGCU